CCGCAAGUUCAAGAAGAGCUCACGUGGCCAACUUGGGCGGUUUAUUUGGUGGUGGUGGGUCUUAUCUGCUUACCUCGUCUGUCCUUUACCAGACAUCGGACCGAGCUCAUUCAUGGGAACGAACUGGGAGGAGAAGAAGUACAAGUACACAGCUUUUUGGACAUAAAUACAAGUUCAUGGUUCAACUCUGGCGGAGAGAAGGGUAGAAAACGUGCGGAAACCACACUGCUAGCUUUACGUGUCAACUUCUACCUCUCUGUUUCUUCCUUCCACUCUAUUCCUUCCUUCAUUUCUCCCUUAUUCAUCUCCAAUAUUCCACGCCUCUUCCCUUUGACCCCUUCUCUCUUCUUGAAGAUUUGUCACAUACCCACCUAAAGCUUCAAAACUUCAUUCUUCCUUAAUUCUCGGGAUUCAAUCAGAAUUCCCAAUAUUGAGGAAGUAUUCCGCUUUCGUUGUUGGUAGCUGGAGAACCAGGGAAAUGGAAGUGGUGCUAGCUUCGGCGCAUCUCUCUUCUCAUUCGAGAUGUGGGUUGACUUCUUUCCAGCUCUCCCGCUCACGCCGAAUCGGCCCAGUUCUGGCGUUUACUUCCACAACUAACAGUAUAGCUUCUUCUUCUUCUUCUUCUAGUUUUGGUAUUUCCAUUUCUCAUAAGCACCAUCAGAGUAAUCCCCUUUCUUCGAGAAGCUCUCGUUUACGUAAGAAAGGUAGAAACUUCACCGUUUCUGCUGUGUUCGAGCGGUUCACGGAGCGGGCAAUAAAGGCGGUGAUUUUUUCCCAGAGAGAAGCUAGAGCCUUGGGGCAGGACGUGGUUUCUGCCCAGCACCUCUUGCUUGGUUUAGUUGCCGAGGAUCGCGACCCCAGUGGUUUUCUUGGCUCUGGAAUCACGAUUGACAAAGCUAGAGAAGUUGUUAGUGACAUUUGGCAGGACGGCACCGAUAAGGAUCCAACUUCUACUAGUACAGAGAAGGGCGUCAAGUCCUCGACGGAUAUGCCAUUUUCGACUGGUACCAAACUGGUUUUUGAGGCUGCUGUUGAGUAUUCCAGGACCAUGAAGCAUAAGUUCAUUGCUCCCGAGCAUAUAGCCAUUGGGUUGCUCACGAUUGAUGAUGGAAGCGCAGGUCGGGUCCUUAAGAGAUUGGGGGCAAAUGCUACUCAUUUGGCAGCUGUGGCAGUCACCAAAUUGCAAGGGGAGCUAGCCAAGGAUGGAAGAGAAGAACCAUCUGUAUCCAAAGGCACUCGUGAGAAACCUCUAUCUAGUAAAGCUAUUGCUUUAAGAUCGUCGGAAAAAGCUAAGGAGAAAAGUGCUCUGGCCCAAUUCUGUGUAGAUAUUACCUCUCGAGCUGUUGAAGGACUCAUUGAUCCUGUCAUUGGGCGCGAGAGUGAAAUUCAAAGAACUAUUCAAAUACUUUGCCGCAGAACCAAAAAUAAUCCUAUUCUUCUGGGUGAAAGUGGAGUUGGGAAAACAGCCAUUGCUGAAGGACUAGGAAUCAAGAUCGCGCAGGCUGAAGUUCCUGCUUUCCUUUUAGGUAAGCGUGUCAUGUCUUUGGACAUUGGACUUUUAAUUGCUGGUGCAAAGGAAAGGGGAGAACUAGAGUCACGUGUGACUACCUUAAUCAAAGAGAUUCAGAAAGAAGGCAAUGUAAUUCUCUUCAUUGAUGAAGUCCAUACGCUUGUCGGGACGGGUACAGUUGGACGAGGAAGUAAGGGAAAUAGCCUAGACAUUGCUAAUCUAUUGAAGCCAGCUCUUGGAAGGGGUGAAUUACAGUGUAUUGCAUCCACAACUAUGGAUGAGCACAGGACACAUAUCGAAAGUGAUAAAGCGUUGGCGAGAAGGUUCCAGCCUGUAAUGAUUAAUGAACCAAGCGAGGAGGAUGCUGUGAUGAUAUUGUUGGGCUUGCGCCAAAAAUAUGAGGCCCAUCACAACUGCAGAUAUACAUUGGAAGCAAUAAAUGCAGCAGUUCACCUCUCAGCAAGGUAUAUUGCAGAUAGAUUUCUUCCUGAUAAAGCCAUUGAUCUCAUUGACGAGGCAGGAAGCAGAGCCCGUAUCGAAGCUUAUAGGAAAAAGAAAGAACAACAAACUGGUAUACUUUCAAAGUCGCCAGGUGAUUAUUGGCAGGAAAUCAGAACUGUUGAGGCCAUGCAUCAAGUGGUUAUUGCAAGUAAGCCAAGCACUGAUGAUAGUAAUUCGAGCAUUGAGGACUCCGAAGAUGUCAUUUUAGAGUCGCCUCCACCUUCUGCAUCUGCUAAUGAUGAGCCCACGGUGGUGGGGCUUGAUGACAUUGCCUCAGUUGCUUCACACUGGUCUGGAAUCCCUGUUCAGCAGCUUACUGCUGAUGAAAGGAUUGCUCUGGUGGGUCUUGAAGAACAGCUUAGGAAAAGGGUUGUUGGCCAAGACGAGGCUGUUGUUGCUAUAUCUAGAGCCGUUAAGAGGUCUCGUGUGGGGCUCAAGGAUCCUGACAGGCCAAUUGCGGCCAUGCUUUUUUGCGGCCCUACUGGUGUAGGCAAAACUGAGCUAACUAAAGCAUUGGCUGCAAACUAUUUUGGAACGGAGUCCGCCAUGCUGAGAUUGGACAUGAGUGAAUACAUGGAGCGACACACAGUGAGCAAACUAAUAGGGGCACCCCCAGGUUAUGUUGGUUAUGGCGAGGGAGGGACUUUGACAGAAGCAAUUAGAAGACGACCUUUCACUUUGGUUCUGCUCGACGAGAUAGAGAAAGCCCACCCAGAUAUCUUCAACAUCCUCCUCCAAGUCUUUGAAGAUGGCCAGCUCACAGAUUCUCAGGGUCGCAGAGUCUCAUUCAAGAAUGCAUUGAUAGUCAUGACCUCGAACAUUGGAUCUUCUGCCAUUGCAAAAGGCGGACGUACUUCCAUCGGCUUCAUACUUUCAGACGAUGAAUCUGCUUCUUACGCUGGAAUGAAGGCCUUAGUACUCGAAGAACUCAAAUCAUAUUUCCGCCCCGAGUUGCUGAACAGAAUAGACGAACUGGUCGUAUUCCGUCCUCUCGAGAAGUCUCAGAUGCUGGAAAUUGUGAACAUGAUGCUGCAAGAAGUUCAAGGAAGGCUGAUCUCUCUCGGAAUCGGGUUGGAGGUAUCCGAAUCGAUCAAGGAUCUGGUGUGCAAGCAAGGGUACGACCCGGCUUAUGGCGCCAGGCCGCUCAGGCGAGCAGUCACUAACAUAGUUGAGAACCCUCUGAGUGAAGCAUUGCUUGGUGGAGAGUUCAAGCCGGGCGACACAGCUAUUGUGGAUGUAGAUGCAACGGGGAACCCGGUGGUUGUAAAUCGGGCGUCGGAGAGGAGCAUCCACUUAACAGACACAACUACGCUCUUGUAAUUAAUUGGUGUUCUAUAUGUUAGGAAAAGUUCAUCAAGUGUAUAUAAUAAUGAACGAGCUUAGGUGAAGGCCAGAUUCAUUGACGUGAUCGCAGUUGGCGGAUUCGGUUCCCAAGUGUAUAUGUAAAGGAGCAAUGGAGCAUCAAUCAAUACAUUUGGCCAACUUAAAGACAGCCGACUUCUUACUUGUUAUGGCGCAGACAUGGGUGUGCAACAGAUUGAUCCAUACAAGACCAUACCUAACCAAAUCGAUGUUUAAUAGAAUAUAAUGUGGUCUAAUUUACGGUUCAAUGAAUUUUGUAAAUACUGGAGAAAAGAAAUAAGACCCAACACGAUUAAAUGUGACUGAAGUAGUGUUAAUAAAUUGACAAAUUAGGGGUUUUUCAAUUUUAAUGUCUUUUUAAUACUCUUGUUUUAAAUGUGUGUAAGAUAUUCUUUUUUC